ACGGCCCGCUCGCCGUACGGCCUGUCGCAAACGGACAUGGCGGCGCCCGUGUACCCGGCCUGGGUCAUCCGGUGGGUGUCGGGGCAGUGGCGGCAGAAGAAGCGUCCCCCCGUUAUCCGCCCCACCCGGCCGCUGGUGCUGGCUAACAAGGUGGCGAACCGCAGGGAGCAGGCGGGAGAGGCGACGUGCGUUACGGAGAUGUCGGUAAUGAUGGCCUGCUGGAAACGGAAUGACUUCAAUGAUACCGCCUGUGCGGACGAGAUCAGGAUGUUCUAUGACUGCGUGGCAAAGGCAGAAAAGAAGCGCAAGGCUCAGAAUGAGGAGGACACAGUGACAGCCAGGGGAAACCUAACUUCAAGCAAAGUGAAUAAGCUCCUGAAGAGGUUUCCUCAGAUAACACGUUACGUGUAAUGUGCUUUACUAAAGGGACCGCAGAUGAGCAAUUAAAGUUGGAGUCUUUGGCGAGAAGGUGAAAAGCA